AUGAUCCACUGGAUCUACAAGGCGGUGAUACUUCCCAGGGUGCUAUACGGGGCAGUGAUAUGGUGGCACAGGGCCCGUAUUAAAGAAUACCAAAAAGACCUAACCAAAGUACAGAGAUUAGCGUGCCUCAUGAUGACAGGGGCCAUGAGAACGACCCCGACACAUGCAUUGGAGGUAAUGCUAGGCCUGAAGCCACUCUGGAUAGAGGUAGAGAAAAGAGCCACCGAACAGUGGUAUAGAAUGAAAGCAUGCAAGGAAUGGAGAGGAAGCUGUGUGGACAAGAGACACGCGCUGAUACAAAAAGAGGCGCUAUCAAAAUUUGAGAUGCUGAUGGCCAAUAACGACCUUAUAAAAAGGCAGGAGAUAUUUGACAAGAAGUAUAGGAUACAUAUAGGAGAGAGAGACAACUGGAAGGUAGAAGUCAGUCACCCGACGACUAUCUGUUUUACGGAUGGCUCUAGAAGAAGCUCAACGAAACUAGCAGGAGCAGGCAUAGUAAUCCCUAAACUGGGAGAGAGGGUAUCAAUACCGUUGGGUAGGUAUGCUAGCGUAUUUCAAGCAGAGGUAUGUGCAAUAGCGCGCUGUGCACACAUAAUUAAAGAGAGUGUGCAGCAGGAAGGUGCUGUUGUAAUAUAUACCGAUAGCCAAGCAGCACUGAAGGCACUAAAGAAAACAUCGGUUACCUCCUCCCUUGUGAGAGAAUGUCGGGAGGAGCUCAACUCGAUAGGCAAACGAAGAAGCGUCACGGUGGCAUGGGUACCAGGACACCAAGGAGUGACGGGUAACGAGAAAGCGGACGAGAUGGCAAGGAUGGGGGCGGAAACGGAACACAUUGGUCCGGAACCGGCUCUACCUAUGUCAGCGGACGUCACGAAGGGAGUCAUAGAGAAGGUAAAAGAGAUGGAAGCACAAAGAGAAUGGGAAGAAGAAACUGGAUAUUACAAAGUAAUCUAG